AGGAGGGGGAGGGACGGCUUUUCCCGACUCGAUCUCUUGCCUAUGGACGACGGCGGUCCCCUCUCUCCAAAGGCAAAUGCUUUCAGUAUUGCCUCUCUGAUUUCGGCUGCAGAACAAGCAGGAAACGCAGCGUUUGACAAACAGAGCACCGGCCUGGACAAGCCAGACCUGCACUACCACAGUUCCUUUAAAAUGCACUACAGCACUGUCACCCGGGAAAUGGAAGGUAAAUCUGUUUUUUGAUGCCCGCAGAGCUGAUGAAGCAUGUAUACAUCUCACCCAGUAUUACGUAACACCCUCGCGUCUACUCGGUUAAUCGACCUUGCCAAAACGCACAGUUAUAAUCCAAGCGCAAAACUAACAGUGCGCUGUUUUGAAUGCACGACUAAAACUACCGUCAACAACUCCAGGCAAUAAAAUUAUGCAAAUGAAGCCCUGACAAUGACUCAGGUAUGGAGAAGUGCGCACACAAAGCAGUCAGAGUGCAAAAAAAAGUUUCCCUUUUCCAAAAGCCCCAAAGCGCAGCACCAAGAGUCAACUUUAAUUCGUAAAGGGUCACAGAGAUUGAACAUGAAGCCAGGAGGAGGAGGGUUUACACGGGCACCCUGUGCGUAAUGGUAAAAACAGACCAUAAUGCGCAUUUCCAGCUCAGAGGGAGGUGUAGAUCCAUUCCAGAGACCUCUCAGUCCAAUAAGGCGAAAGCAACAGUCACCUGCUGUCUGUUUGUUUGUUCAUGCAAAUCGAUGUGUGUUUACCUUGUAAACCGUUUACACUCCGAUCGGAUGAGCAGAUCCUCUAUUGUUUGCUAACGGGGGUGAUGUGGGCGAUACCCUUAUCCCAAAGUUAAAUGGGUGCCGGAAAGCCCAUUAAAAGGGGCGCACUUCUCUGUCAAUCAGUCUCGUCCCAAGGCGAGGAAAAGGCACAUUACCUGCAGUUCCUUAUCUAAAUAGAAAUAAGAACCGGUUUUAUCGCAAAGGGGAGGCCCUCUGCGUCAGAUAAGAGACGAGGCAGGGUUGCAGUGUAACACACUGCAGCAGCGCUCCACAGACAGAGGCCGUGCAGAGCUCAGAGCAGCAAAAACUCACUUACACACGCACUGGAAGAUCGUUUCUGCGACUAGUUCAGAGAUACUCCGCGAGUGCUGCAGCUUUUGGACACAUUUGGCCGCUUUUCGGACGCUUUCUUCUUUUCUCUCGGUAGUUGGUAGUUUGCUGGCGGCGGAUGCAACUUGAGGGAUUAACGAGCAGGCGAGACGGAAACUUGCGAAGUCGAAAGGGUUGCCCUCGCGUGUGGCACCUUCAUUUGGAAAUCGCUUGAUACCUGCUUCUGAAUUUACCAUCUGUGUUUUAACCAACCCUCAGUGCAAGGCAUAUUUAGUAAAUCCAGUUUUUUGGGAUGAUUUCAGCCAUAUCCAGCCCGUGGCUGACGCAGCUGUCCCAUUUUUGCGAUGUUGCAGCCUUCACGACGAGCAGCCUGAGCAGCCUCAACACGCCGGGGGGCUACCACCUUUCACCGUCCCCCGGGGACCCCUACAGCCAACAUGAGUCCCACUUCGAGCCCUGUCCGGCCGCCCAACAUAACUACAACUACCCGGGGUCUAACCCGGGCCAGGCCCCACCGAGCGACAACGGGACUCCCAACUGCUCCUCGUCUUCGUCCAACUCCACACCGAACAGCAAAACGAUCGUGAAGAAGAACCCCAAAGUGGCCAACAUUAACGUGCAGCUGGAGAUGAAGGCUCUGUGGGACGAGUUUAACCAGCUGGGGACGGAGAUGAUCGUUACGAAGGCUGGCAGGUGAGCAGCGAGUCUCUCCACAGGCCACACUGACACUUCGACUUCUCAUACACACAAAUACAACAACAACAACACAAGAAAACACUGGGUUUGUAGGAACUCAUCAACACCGUUCGAUAGAGGAAGAACCCCAAAAUUAAAAAAUGCGUAAAAUACAAAGAAUUAUCUCUGCGUUUCCUCUUACCUGAGCGUAAAGAUUUAAGGAUAAUUAUGGAUUUAAUUUUAAAAAAAAUCUUUUAGUUUAUUAAUAUAUCACAAAAACAUCAAAUCCAAAAGGACUCAAUUAUUUAGAAUAAAAAACUAUUUUUUUACAACUUGAGUUCACAGUGAUCAAACUUUUUCUACUUUUCAUUUUUUAAUAUUUCAAAAUGUUUUUGUCAUUUUUUAAUAACAUGCUUUUGAAUCCAAACUCGUAAAACUCCAGUGUACCUAACAGUAAAAGUCAUACAUUUAUAUUUACAAUCCAAACCAAUGUAGAAAUUUAAAGUGUCAUUAUUUGGCUGCAUAAAAUACAUAUUUCUGAGCUGUUAUCAGGUGGCAGGCCAACACACCAGGAGAGGGUUUUAAAGACUCUGGAUGUGUGUGUGUACGUGUGUGUGUAAACACCACUGCUGCGUUUUAUAGAUCCACCACUGGCCCUCGGCUGGUUUUCUCCGUCAGUGUCACUUUUACGCGCCGCUGUUGUGCAGAAUUUACGGCCCGUUUUUCUCAGUGAGUCUUUAGUUGAUUUUUACGACGAUUAACUCCGACACGACCCGAUUACACUCGUGCAGUUUUGUUUCACUUCAGGCCUCGACAUGUGUUUACUUUUUCCUUAUUUCCUCGGUAUAGGAGUGUCUGUCUGCCUCCCUCCCUUUUCUCCACAGUCUAUAAAAAUCCUCUGUGGUUACAUAAGCUGCAUAUACCCAAAUCUGGGUCUGAUUUAUUAAUAAUUAGAGAGAGAAAAGGAGCGUUUUAAGACAAAUUUUAACAUUUUUAUCCCCAAAUUUAAGAGAAACGAAAAGAUUAGUUCGCUGAAAUUUUUAUGCCGUAUUUUGUUUGUAUCUAAAGGCACAAGGAAAUUCUUUCUUCUGACCUCUGACCUUCUUGGAGAGCCAAUAAAAUGCCACACAAAUGUUCCACAAACUGAUAUUCUCAACUAGAAAAAUGCGGCGCGCUUUUAAGGCUCUCCAAGAUCAGUCCUGCGUUUUUCAGCGUAGCAGUAAUAAAAAGAGGCAUGAGAUAAUUGAUCUAAUCCUGAGAGUGAGGGUUGAGUUUCCCCGCUCUGCUGUCUGACAGGAGAAAGGAGAUCUGCAGCAGAGCACUUUAAAAGCUCCUUCAGCCUCACCUAGCCACAACACUGACGUUAAUUGAGCGUUGAUUUUAGGCUCCCUUUCACUGACUCGGCGGAUUACUCAGCUUUCAGCUGAUGUUCUUGGAGGAUAUGGAUCUUGCUUGAAUAGUGAGCAGCGUGAAAUUGGGGGAGAAAAGUAAAAAUUUGAGCGUGAGGGCCAAGGCCGAGCUGAAGACUUCCUGAAGCAGCUCGAUUACUGAUGAUAAAUAUAUGAAAGUCACGAAUAAUCGAUUAAAAUGCUCCAGUCUUGUUUCUCUUUAUUGUUUUUUUCCAUUUAGGUCCUGAUUGUGAUAAAUGAUUUUUAAAAAAUGAAUUCUCUGUUGACUUGUACCGCAUGUUCGAGCCAAAUAAUGCACAAAAGAGUUCAUAUUUCACAUCAUAGAUGUGUGUUUUGGCCUUUUUGCGCAACAAAAAGAAAGUAGAGCGAAAAAAACAACAAACCCAAAAGUUUCUUCGCAUCCGGUUGAGUUUUAUCACGGACACACACGGACUGGAUCACGUCUUCUCCAACGAUUUCAGGCUUCUGUCUUCGUCGAAUAAACCUCUGUAGGCCUUCGUCUCUGCAAAUACGCUCCUCGGGCAAAUGGACACCUCAGCAGCACCUUCCAAACGCGCGGAUAAUCCAGUCUAGAUAGAGGCACAAACAAAGUCAAAGUGCUCCCUGCGAGCAACAAAAGCAGCAAUUCCAAGCCCAGAUUUAACAGUCUCGUGUUUCUAUGUUUUUUUUCUCUUUUCUAGGAGAAUGUUUCCAACUUUCCAAGUGAAAAUAUUUGGGAUGGAUCCCAUGUCGGACUACAUGCUCCUGAUGGACUUCUUGCCUGUAGACGACAAACGUUACAGGUACAUUUUGGAGAUCCUUAGAAAACAGAAACACACGUGAAACUGUUGUCUGUCUCUACGGGAGGAUCGAAAAAAAAGACCAAAAAAAGACUUAAUUCUAUGCGCAGUUUUUCUCGUUUGGAACAAUUCUAGUUUGUAUUUCCCUGAUUUUGGUUCUUUAAAGCCUUAAUGUGUUUCCCCAUUCAUGCGUAAAAGUGAACGGGAAUUUAGUUUGGUGUUGGACAGUCAGAACUUGGUGUCUAACUAAUCCACUUAUUCUCUUCUUUUGCAGGUAUGCUUUCCACAGCUCCUCGUGGCUCGUUGCCGGCAAGGCGGACCCCGCCACACCGGGCAGGGUGCACUACCACCCGGACUCUCCGGCUAAAGGCGCGCAGUGGAUGAAACAGAUCGUCUCCUUUGAUAAACUCAAACUCACCAACAACCUGCUGGAUGACAACGGCCAUGUGAGUGAACUGAGACUGAAAAAUAAAGGAAAAGAAGAGGAGAGAAAAAAUAAAAUAAAAACUCUGAAUGAGAAAUAAAACCAAAAGGCAGUGUGCGUAAAGCCAGCUGUUCAACUGUCCCUAAUCCAUUGCAGUAUUUUGCACGCUUGAUCGAAACUUUUAAAGCUAAAAAUGUAUAAAUCUUGUGUCUCAAUCCUCAUCCGUACUCGUGUCUUCUCCAAAUUAAAUCCCCACAUAAAGAUUACAAACUUUACGCAGAUGUUUGGCGUCUUAAUUCCUCCUCAAACAAACUGAUUGAAGGGAUUCAGCGUAAUUCACCUUCUCAUUUUAAAACAUGACCAGAGGUUUUUCUUAAAGCUUAACUUUCAGUCCACAAAAAUGGCGCUGCACAGCGAGUUUGAGUCCAAAAACGGCGGCAGGGAGGUGGAAUAUUUCACCACUGGAAAUUAUCUCAGCCAGUUCAAGUCUGAUCUCUCUCUCUCUCUGUGUGCCUGUGUGUUUCUUCGUGUCACUGCCCUGGUUGUGAAAACGGAAAGAAAACGAGUGAUGAUGGAAUAUUUAAGCAUAUAAUGAAAUAUACUCACGACUGUUGGAUGCGUGUAUUUCUCUCCAUGGUCAGAUUGUCACGUGGCCUCUUAGGAUUUAUAAUAAUUCAACAGUUGUAAAUAUCUCUUCAUGAGGUCAUUUCUGUAUUUAUCACAUCACACGGAGAAUGAAUGGUUUAGAAUAAUAAAAUACGACUUGUUUUUACGCAAUAAUCUUUGCUGUGUUUUUCUCUUUACACCAGUCGCCAUUUAUUCUGCAAUAGCUCUGUCUUUAUGAUCACAGCCUUACAAGAAAGUUAAAACUCGGGAUGGUGUAUUGGAUUCUUGCUGAUGACUCCCUUGUUUUUCACAGAUCAUUCUGAACUCCAUGCACCGCUACCAGCCCAGGUUUCACGUGGUUUAUGUGGACCCCCGCAAGGACAGCGAGAAAUACGCCGAGGAGAAUUAUAAAACCUUUGUUUUCGAGGAAACCCGUUUCACAGCAGUCACAGCUUACCAGAACCACCGGGUAAGAAGCCUUUAUCACAGUGUGUCCAUUAUGGACGUUAUGUGAAACUAACUGCAGCUGGAUGUGACCUAAUUCUCAAGCCAUUUAUACGAACACUGUUUAUUUAAAAGUCAUGGGUACAGUGAGGGGAAAUCAUGGGAAAAAUGAUACCACAAGAUACUGUAGAUGUUAAACUGGGUUUCCAUCAACGCACUAUCAAUCAGUAAAUGAAGACUGAGAAUGUAUUUGAAUUAUUUUUUAUAGCAUUACACUAAUUUUAUUUAGUUAUUUUGAGUUAAUUAUCUUUUUGUGCGUAAACGUCUCCUUUUUUUGUGCGUAAAUGUCUCGAUUUGGUGCGUAAAUGGUUCCUUUGCUCUUUACGCAUACCGGUGCCCCUUUCCCUGCUUCGUCCCUGCUCUGUUUUCCUUCAGCUACAGCGUCUGUUUACAUUGACACAUCAGUGUAUCCACCCAUUAUUCAUAACGAGCGAAAUAUCACAUGCAAUUCUGUACCUGCCGGCAAAGAAAAAUGAAGUGAGUCGGUGCGUAAUUGUGAUGCUAAUAUUGCCGUGAGUGAUCCGGCUCGAAGAUUAUAUAACUCUGUUCCAUAAUAGGUAAAAAUGUCUCAGAUUUACUGAAGUGGAAAUUAUUUUAACACUUAAUUUAGGAAAUGUAAAGUGCCUGCAAAAUUAAUCUAAUUUUAAAGCUUGAAAACAGAGACAGAGACGAUUGUGAACCCUGGAUUAAAACGCAGUAAAAUGAGGAUGAUGAAUGGGAGCUUCCCAAAGUUUUGGUAAAUAUAUGAUGAGGAAGAAUAAGCAGAGUCUAGAAUCUACAAAGCUGAAUUACAUAUAAGAUAUUUUGCAGAGCUUUAAAUGUUGCACAAAAGUCACAAGCGAGAGUAAAGACUGCAUUUACUGUCAGUUAUCAAAAUGUAAUUAUAUUUUAGGGUAAAACAAAUAUUGUACAUGAUCCUGCAGCCCCUGGAAAAAAAAUACUGAUCGUAAAAUACUUUUCUAAAACAGUUAUACACAGACACUUCUAAUAUACAGAUGUAAAUAAUACUGUUCAGGACUGCUUCAUUCAGCACUGAUGUUCAUUUUGUGUCAAACUCUUGGUUUCAGAUCACACAGCUGAAGAUAGCCAGCAACCCAUUUGCAAAAGGCUUCAGGGACUGUGACCCGGAGGACUGGUGAGUGUUUGUAUUUUAACAGCACGGUCUUUGUUGGCAGGUGUCCACACAGUCUAAAAAUAUUAAGAUGAAUUUGUAAAAUAGUUUUGCUGUUUGUUUUAUCUCACACAGGUGCCAGAUGGGUGGGGUUUAAAACUUGAAAAAAAAAUAGAGAGAGAACAAAGAGUGGCAUGAAGUUUAGAAAUCACUGGAUAUUGUUUGAAAGUCAGUCGACUGAGCAUUUCUGUCAUUGAAGAAUUACCAAACACACUCGUGUGUGUCACUGUUUAGGGAAGGCCACCCAUCUGGUUCACUCAGGCGGUGUAAAGCAAUGCAAAGACUGAUUGUAACUGCUGUUUAUCUAGCUCUGUGGAUUCUCUCCGUCUUUCUUUAAAGCAUUAACUUAAGUGAUUAUGUGAAGGGUUGGAUUCUUAUAUAGAACAGGACAAUCUGAGUCAUGUAAUAGCCUGCUGCACAUUUCAUCUUUGGUAAAUUGGGGCCUGUCAAUGUGUAAAUGCUCAUUACAUGCAUCGGUGUAAACUCUUAAAAGUGCAUUCAUCAUUUUUAUACAUAAUAAAGAAAUUGUGCCCUUGACGUUCAUUAAACGAGAAUGUAACUGAAUCCAUUCCCAUGUUCCAGGCCCAGGAAUCACAGGCCAGGCUCUCUGCCAAUAAUGAGUGCCUUUGCCAGAACAAGAAACCCAAUGUCAUCUCCUCCGCAGCAGAACGGCUCAGAAAAAGGUCGGCGGCUUGCUCUUUGUUUCAUUUUACAACUCUUGCCACUGAUCAAACAACACAGCUUUAUCGCCUUAACACAUUCAGCAUUUUAUUCCAGCUAGCAGUAAUUUUGUUUCCAUAACUUAACCUUAUUGACCUGAAUUUUGCUUAAACCUCAAAUAACAGCUAAUCAAUGUUAUCUACAGUCCCUGUGCUAACAUACAGCAUUAACAUUGUACAGUUUUGUGAUUUUGUUCGGUAUUUAAAUCACUACGGUAAAAACCUUUGGAUGAUUACAAACUCCUUUAGUUUCAGCUGGAUUUUAAAAAUUAUCACUCAGCACAAAUAUUUUUAUCAUUAUCACAAAUGUAAACAAUUGUAAUGCAUCAUUUUUUGGCUAGAGAUAAUUCAUAUUUGAUUUUUAUUCAGGUUCAUUGAAAGCUUUUUAGAGAUUUACUUACUGUUUUUAUAAAUAAAAAUAAGUGGUGUACUAAGCGGUGCUGUUUGAGGGGCGAACAGGUAAAAAAACACACCUGUAUAUGACAGGGGACCACCACACUGAAAGUCAUGAUUAACAAAAAUUGGCCUCCAGCAAAAUUUUGCAUGCUCAUCAGUUUUGUUUCUGUCACUGAGGCACGCUGCAGUUAGAAGGUAAUUGCACAAGCUUGUUUCCAUCCUGUUAAAAAUGGGAGCAGACGUAAGUUUCACUCUAACGUAUAGAGGCAAAAGUAAAGUGAGGGGGUCUGACGGUUAUAACCAAAGAAAUUAAGAGCGUCAGACUUUUGAUUCACAGUAUUCUGAUGAGGAUUUGUGUAACAUCCUGUGGUGGAGAUUUAAUUUUGUGAAAGGGAAACAAAAAAUGACUCAUUCAUAAUUUAUUUAAAAAAACAAAUAGAUGAAAGUUUUGUCCUGCGUGACCCUCAUACUUCUGUGAGACAUCAUCUGUUUUUUUUUUUUUUAACAUUUUCAUUUAAAAACAGCGUAAUGUAGAACAUGCAUAUAUUCAAUAACAGCAUGUUGUUUACAGGUUUUAUACUUGAAAAGGGAAAAUUAACCCUUUAAUGCCUGAAACCACAAAUUAUGGCCAGAAAAUUAAAUUUUCUUUGAAGCUGAAUUUUUUAUUUCACUUACUACUGAAAACUUAAAAAAAAAUCAAAAUUUCCUUAAAAUUUAACAAAUAUUUUUAUUUAUCUUGUUUAAUACAUUAGAUGUUUUUGGAAACUAAUAAACUACAAGAGGACAUUUUUAUCAUUUAUUGGACUGUGUAUUCAGGUGUUUUUAGUAAUUUGUUGAUCAUGUUAAUUUGAUAGAAGUAUAUAAAAGUAUAUGUAUUAAAUUUGAUACAUAACGCAAUAAAGAGUUAAAUUAAAUUAUAUUGAAUUAAAUUAAAUUAAAAUUCAUCCACACUCUUACAUUGUAACCAUAGCAACCCUAAUUACUAAUAGGACAUUUUUCUGUGUUUUCAUGAAUUUACAUCCUGGAUAGAUUAAAUAUUUCUGACUCUGAUUCUAACCUAUGUCAAGAACAAAUUAUUCUAUUAUUUUCUAUUAUUACACAUUAAAAACAGUCACAGUCUUGUCCUUCUGUCACUGGGAAAGUUAAAAAAAAGGCUGUUAUACUUGAAUGUUUAUUUUAGUUGUAUUUUAAAAUGUAGAGGUGAAAAUGUGCCCACAUUUGGAAAACUAUUUCCAACCUGCUGAUAAAUAAACGUCCACCCAUCCUGAUCGCUCUCAUGUCUGCCUUCACAGAGGACAGCAGGCGGGAGUACGAGCGAGACCCCAGCGGCACGCCCAUACACGCCGACCCGGCUCACCAGCUGAUGUCCCGGGUCCUCAGCCCCGCCUUGCCCGUCCCAGGAGGCCUCCACGCCGUCCCGCUCACCAGCGGCAGACCCAGCCCUCCUCACGACCUUCGUUCGGACCCCCACGCUCUACCCCCGGACACCCUGCACCACCACCCUUACAAGUACCCCACCACCUAUGAACAUUACCUGGGAGCCAAGACCAGGCCGUCACCCUAUCCUUUACCCAGUAUCAGAGGACACACGUAUCACCACCACAUGAACCCCGCCACAGCUAACAUGUACUCAGCCACCAGUGGCCCUUCUAACUAUGACUAUGGGCCCAGAUAAUGACGGCUCUUGACCGGGGCUAACGGCGCACAGCACUCUGGGAAAUGGAAACGGGCAGAGAAGACAUACUCCUGUCAGUAUGGGUGGCUUAUGCAACAUGCGGGAUGCAUUCAGCAGGCUGAGACUCCUUUUUGCUGGAUAAACCCUGCCAUAUUUAUUUAAAGGAAAUCUCUGCAUUAAGCUCGGCCACCUGCUCUGAGUCCCAACGAGGUCUGUUUGACCUUUGAACCCAAAUGGCAAAAGCUUCACGCCAGGAUUUCCCGUACCUGAGCAGUGCGGACAUUGAGCCAGUUAACAGAGAAGAGAGGAGGGACGGACUUAAUCUUUGCUCACAGACUGGAAUUGAAUUCUUUUUUUGUGUUGAAUGCACUUUUUGAUUUGCCUUGUUUUUAAUGCUUUCAAAAAAGCCAUAUGUUAUAUAGUCCAUCAACCUUCUAGGUAGACGAGAUGUUUGCAUGUUGAGCUCAUCAGAGAGGGUGUCGAAACACAUCCAAAUGUUUUUGUUUGAGGGAAAAAAAAAAAAUACAAGGUUUGAUUUUGAAACAACAUGAGCCGCUCUGAGAAGCUUGUACCAUGGCA